ACACGCAUCGCCGCACCGAGCUGGAGGUAGCGCGCCCGUAUCGUGGCAUCUCGAAUGGGCACCGCUCCUGCACACGACCUGGACUCUGCCGUACCGGAAAAACAGCAGUGACCCCGUGGUUUAUUACGCAGAAAUGGGAGCCCAUCAAAAACUCCAUGGAGUAGCGAGACUGAAGAGCAGGCCACAAUAUGGAGUUGCAGUGUUGGUGUUGGCGUCCUUGGCAGUUCCGCUCUCCAGAUGUUCGCUGGUGAAAAUUCCCAAGUGCUGCCCUCUGCACCAGCAGCUGUCGUACGACUUUGAUUCAUGCAUCGAUUAUGAGAGCGCGGCUGCCACUGACAACGACACCAGCUGGUGGUUGUCGCCCGAAGUGAUCGACCAGAUGGACGCUGAGUGGGUGGUGGGCCCGGGACAGCGGCAGGCCUGUUCUGCAGCCGAGUCGACGCUGUGGCUGCAGGAGUUGGGCGACGUGGUCAUGACGGCAGGGGGACGCCUGGAGCUGGACGUGGGUGGCGACAGCGAGCCGCUCCAGCUGGAACUGGACCCCCACCUCUACUGCCUGGACAGGACGCAGAUCGCCGGCGGGCGGCUCGUGGCGCUGUCUUGCCUGUGCGGCUCGGCGCCCCUGCGCUGCUGGACCAGCUGCUGCCCCGGCGGGUCGUCCCUCAGCUUAGUGGGCGAGCAGGCGGCGAGCUGCGUCUCCUCCCAACACGAGCUGCCCGGCCACUGGGUGCCCCAGCCGCACCUCUUCACUCCAGGGGGCGGCGUGCCCUGGAGGGUCACCACGCUGCCCCAGUGUGAGGAGAACGAACACGUAGUGGUGCUGCCUGCUGGUAGGCGGUACCGGCUGCUGGCCGAUGGCGGCGCUGCUGUGGAGGAUGGGGAAUCCCCAGAAGGGAGACACCUGUCAGCCCACCAGUACUGCGCAGACGCGGAGCAUUUCCUGUACUGCAAGAGCAGGGUGGCCAACCCCAGCAGCGGCGAGCGCACCAGGCGCGUCGUCUACGUCUGUCUGCUGGUGCUGGGCACAGCCUUUCUGCUCGCCACUAUCGCCAUUUACUCCUGCUUCCCAGUGCUGCUGAGUCGGGUCUUGUCUCGUGCCCUGGUAGCACACUGCUGCUCUCUGGUGGCGGCCUACGUCACUGCCGCCGUACUGCACGCUGCCUCGCAUAUCCCGCACCCUGCCUGCACCAUCACAGCAUUCGUCAUGCAGUUCUCUUACCUGGCCGCAUUCUUCUGGCUGAAUGUGAUGUGCAUUGAUAUAGCACUGGCAGUGAGCCGGAGGAGCCGCCCCCAGGAAGGCAGCACACACAGGGAGCGGUGCAAGUUCCUGCUGUACUCUGGGUAUGCGUGGGGCGUGCCAGCCACUAUUUGUGCCAUCACAGCUGCCGUGGACUUCUCUCUGGCAGUGCCCACCACCAGCCAGCUCAAGCCCAACAUCGGCACCAGAACGUGCUGGUUCCAAGGUGAGACAGCAAUGCUGAUAUACUUCUAUGGCCCUGUCUCAUGUGUGAUGGUUGUGAACUUGUUGCUGUUCAUUUUAACUGCUGUAAAUACUACAGUUAAAAGUGAAAACCAUGGUGAUGGUACUCAAACAGGUACUAUCAAGCCCAAAAAGAGGACACAAAGAGAAAGGUUGUUAAUGUUUAGCAAAAUAUUCAUCUUGAUGGGUCUAACUUGGGUAACUGACAUUUUGUCAUGGAUUUUUGGUGGACAGCACAAGUAUUAUUGGAUUGUGACUGACACAAUAAAUAUUUUGCGUCCCGCUUUCAUUUUCUAUAUCUUCUGCUGCAAUCGAAGAAUUCUGGAGAUGUUGGCAGCUCACCUGCCAUGUACCUCUGGCUGUUCUUCAAACCACCCUAGCUCCAGUACAGAAUCAGGACGCAGCCUGAAUGUUUACAGAGUGUGUUCUAAUGAUGACAGUCAUAGCCCAACAGUACAAUAUAGAGCACUCACUGGUAGAGAAAUUUCACAUGGAGACCAUCAUCCAUGAAAAGCCUCAGCAACAAUAACAAGAAAUCUACAAGGCCAAUAAUAAAAUAAGAAACACUGUGAGCAGAAAUUGAAAAUCUGAAAUGGAAAAAUAUUCAGCUUUCCAUUCUGUUACUGGAAUAUGACUCUCUGACUAAGAAAUUUGGAUAAAAUAACUGGU